UAGAUCAUGCCGUGUGUUACAUAAUUUUUUAAUGCAUAUUAACUUUUUUGUAAAGAUAAUCAUUAACAUGAACAAUACCAUAUGCUUAGUAACGCACUAAAGUUUAAUAUACUGUAACAAAAUUGCUUCCUAUUUAGUUAGCACAGGAAACAGCUGCAUCUGCCUGUCACAAUUCGAAAUGUUAAACAUAUUUCGAUACUAUUCCAUAGCUCUUCAUGGCAUUAGAAAACAUCGUGUAGUUCCUGAUAUUAUCGACAUCAUACCAUCCGAUUUGGCUGAAGUUGUUUACCCAAACGAUGUUAGAGUUGAAAUAGCAACGGAAUUAAAACCGAUCCAAGUAAAAGAACCGCCAAUCAUUCGAUGGGCUGCACAUCCCAAUUUGUUUUAUACAAUAUCCCUGACCGAUCCCGAUGCCCCAUCAAACAGAAAUCCGAUCUUACGUGAAUGGCACCAUUGGUUAGUGGGCAAUAUACCUGGGGAUGCAAUCGAAAAAGGAGAAACUCUGACCGAAUACAUUGGAGCCGGUCCACCGAGAGGGAGCGGAUUGCAUCGAUAUGUCUUUUUGGUAUUUCAACAAAAAGACAGGAUCCAGUUUGAAGAACAACGUUUAACGAAUGAUUCUGUUAAGAACAGAGGGAAAUUUUCCAUACGAAAAUUUGCACAAAAAUAUAAUCUCGGAAAUCCCAUAGCCGCAAAUUUCUUCCACGCUCAAUGGGACGAUUACGUACCUAUUUUAUAUACACAACUCAAAAUGGCUGCAGAUUCACCGUAAACAUAAAAUUUGUUUGUGAAAUAAAUUCCUUAAC